AUGGCAGACCCGGCCCAGACUCCAGGUGGCCUGCCCUUUCCGACCGAUCCGCAAGAGUUCGACAGCGACGAGCGCAUCUCCUUCUCGAGGCUCGACAACAAGUUCCUUGCCGUCAACGACGAUGGCACAGAGUACGAAUUCGACAACCAGCUCAAGCGCUGGAUCCCUCAGGUAGACGAGGAGCUCGUACGCCAGCAACAGCAGGCAUACGGCGUGGGCGGCGAUGAUGACGACGGCGCAGACAGCCAGCACAACAACAAGAAGCGCAAGACGGCCAAUGGCUCCGACCGGCCCAACAAGAAGCACAAGCAGCCACCAGCGCCGCGACAAAACACCGCCAUCUACGUGACCGGGCUCCCCGCGGACGCGACCGUCGAGGAGGUCCACGACGUGUUCUCGAGGAAAUGCGGCGUCAUUGCCGAGGAGAUUGACAGCGGCAAUCCUCGCAUCAAGCUUUAUACGGAUGCGGACGGCAAAUUCAAGGGCGACGCUCUCAUCGUAUUCUUCAAGCCCCAGAGCGUAGACAUGGCCAUCAUGCUACUCGACGACACCCCGUUUCGCUUCAGCGCCUCGGAUCCCAACAUGCGUGUCCAGGCCGCCGACUCGAGCUACAAGAAGACCACCUACGACAAGGACGCUGCAGGUGGUGCAGGUGUCAUCAAGCGGACGCAGAAGCUGGACGCGAAAUUGGCGGAUUGGGACGACGAUGACCCGUACGGCGGUCAACUGGAGACCAACGCACGUAAGGAUCGGGUCGUCAUUCUCAGGCACAUGUUCACACUGCAGGAGCUCGAGGAGGAUCCGGCCGCGUUGCUCGAUAUCAAGGAGGACAUUCGCGACGAGUGCUCUAAACUUGGCGCUGUAACCAAUGUGGUGCUGUAUGACCUUGAGGUCGAUGGUGUGGCCAGCGUCAAGUUUAAAGAUCCCAGCGCGGCAGAGGCCUGCGUGAACCUCAUGGAUGGCCGCGCUUUCGACGGAAGGACAGUCAGAGCAUCCAUCGCGACUGGAAAGGAGAAGUUAAGACAAUCAGGCAAGGACAAAGGGGAUGUGGAGGACGAUGAGCAUUGA